GCAGUGGCGCGCGUCUACCCUGUCUACGUUGCGUGGAUGAAAUAGAUCGUCUGCUCCUCGAUCUGUUCAACACACUGCACGUAGCCGAAGCUUCGCUUUCCAGGGUUAGAAAAGUGUCCUCCUAGACCAUUUUAAAGCAUUUCGCUGUCAUAAGGAGACCAAACAGGGAACCACAAGAAGAAACUAGUCCACCAUGCCUUCUUAUAAGUUGAUGUACUGGAACAGCCGAGGUCGAGCAGAGUCGGCUCGGAUGCUUUUUACCCUGGCUGGCGUCGCGUUCGAAGAUUACAGGUUCAAGGAAGGAGAGUGGCCCGAACUGAAAGGCAAAAAAGAAUUGUUUCCUCUUGGUCAAGCUCCCUCGUUGAUCAUUGACGGCAAGGCCCUUCCCCACAGCAAGGCUAUCAACAGACAUCUUGCUCGGGAAUUUAAGCUGUACGGAGACGACAACGAACAGAGAAGGCAAGUCGACGUCAUCAGCGAGACCGUUGACGACAUCGUCUCAAAGAUCAUUCCCAUUCACAUGGAGAAGGAUGAAGCCAAGAAGAAAGAGCUGUUGGGAGAAUUGAACGAGAAAACGAAGCCUUUUCUCACUUUUCUAAGUGAUAAUGCUGGCGAAAGAUUUUUCGUUGGAAAUAAGGAGACACUCGCUGACGUCAUCGUCUUCUGGUUGUUGGAUUUCCUUGUACCCAUGGCUCCAUCGGUGCUGACCGAUUAUCCUCGGCUGGGGAAGUUCUACAAUGGCAUCAAGGAUAACUCCAAACUCACAGAAUACCUUAAAAACCGCCCAGUCACCCAAAAUUAUCGAACAUCCAGGACAUCGAGAAGAUCAGACGCCAUGUCGGAGCAUACCUACAAGCUGAUGUACUUCAAUACGACGGGGCGCGCCGAGGCUGCCCGAAUGCUCUUUGCGCUCAAGGGCGUUGAGUUCGAGGAUUACAGGUUUAAGGAAGGGGAGUGGCCAGAAAUAAAGAAUGAUAAGAAAGUAUUUCCACUUGGUCAGUGUCCAGUUUUACUCAUUGACGGAAAGCCCUUGCCACAAUGUAAAGCCAUAAUCCGACAUCUCGCCAGGGAGUUUGGUUUCUACGGUGCAAACAAUGCCGAGGCUGCAGAAAUAGACAUCGUUGGCGAAACGGUGGAUGACAUCGUCGCUAAAGCCUUGCCCGCUGCCUUUGAGAAGGAUGCAGAGAAAAAGAAGACAGUGAUUGAGGAUUUCAGGGACAACACUUCCAAGCCGUUUCUUCCUUACCUCAACGAUAUGAUAGAAAGAGCAGGAGGACGAUUUUUCGUUGGAAACACGGAAUCAGUAGCUGACAUCACCGUCUUUUGUCUACUGGACUUCAUAUUCUCUAUGCUGGACAACGCAAGAGAGACGUACCCUGCCUUGGCGAAGUUCCACGACGGUAUUACGGAGAACUCCCGGCUCAGCGAAUACAUCAAAAGCCGCCCUCCCGUGCCCGGAAUGUAGACAAAACGGGAUUCACGAUUUACGACGGUAUCUCUGGGAACGGUAGCCCGGAUUGUGAAUUGCCAAUUCGUCUUCUGCCAACUCGUCCACUCACCACAUGAUCUACCUCCAUCUAGUUUAAUGCCAUUCCGUCCAUCAAAAUUUCGUCUAAUAACAAUGGUCCACUAACCAUUUGGUCCAAUCAUCACUUCGGCUAAUCACCACUUCGUCUAUGACCAUUUCAUCUCUUAACCAGUUGGUCUAAUAUCCAUUUUAUGUUCAUUUUUUUGCCCAAUUAAACAUUUAGUCCUAUUAGACCAAAUGCAUGGUAUAUGGAAUAAAUUGCUACUGGACAUAUGGUGAUUGGACGAAAUGGCAGAUAGACCAUGCUUUGUGGAUAGUGGACGAACUGAUGGUAGACCAAAAUGAUAGUAGACGAAUUGGCAUAAGACGAAACAAAUAACACGCGAGAACGAUUCUGCAUUCCCACGUCCUAUUUUUCACGACAUUAUUAUGUGCCAAAUUAGAGAACAAGCAUGGGUCAUACGAUUUACGAGGGCAUGCUGUGAAACCACCUUUAUGACAAUGGGUUCCAUGACAUUUGCUCCGGCGACAGUUGCUCCGAUGGAAAAUCUGCACAUUCAGCCAAACAUAAACUAACGUGCAACAGUAAAUAAACCCUACUUAUUAUAUUUCACAUUGUUCUGAACCAAAAACUCUAUUACGAUCCCAACACUAACCCUUUCUCUCUAAGAUAUUAAGACAGGAUGAAAUGUCUUGUCACCGGGAGUGAUGACACCACCCCCCCCCCCUUUUUUUUCAAGUCAAAAUUUUUGGGGAAAAUGCACCGGUCACCUUUAGAUAAAUCCUGGAUCUGCGCCUGAACUCGUGAUUGUUGACUAGUGAGAUUAAAAAAAAAAUCCCCAUUCAUUUAAUAGUAAUGUGUUUUCUAUAAAAUUUAUAACAUGUGAGUAUGAACAUAACUUGACAGAUGCAGUUCGAGUAUAUCAUGAUUGAAACGUGAUCUGUGUAAAACGAUAUAGAAUUAUAAAUGAUUAUAGGUGAUAAUAAAUGGAAGUUACGAUAACAUGG